AUGCUCAACGGUCAAGGUGCAUGCAGGAAUCAUUGCCCCCACUCGCCAGUCUCGCUCGGACCACACCUCCCCUUUCCCCAGCCCCCUCGCCCGUCUCAAUUUUGCCCUUCCUCACAUCGCACCCUCCCAAAUCGAUGCCCAACACAUUUGUGCUUCAUCACGACGUCACUGUUGCGCUUCCUUUCCCCAGCAUCUCGACUAUCAUCGAAGAAAGCUCAGCUUCAGCUUCAGCAGCUCAGCAAACUGGAUACAGGGACGAACAGGCUCGAAUCAGUUGGCUCUCCCCAAAUUCCCGCAAGUCAGUGCUUGCCAGAUCUGUCCCUUUGUACGCCUCACGACUGACUCUACCUGCCCCUUUCGCUUUCGAACAGACCAUGUCCAGCCAACCUGGGAACAAUUUGUCGCGCAAGCGACCUCUAGACAGUCCCGAGUCGCCAGGCAGAAGCGCGCGCUUUCUCCAGAAGCAAAAGGAUGCAGGGGUAGCAAGUGUGGAGUUCUUGUCAGAGGAAUGGUGGGAUAGGUACAACCACGAGGCAUUCAUGUGCUGGGGCGAGGCAAUCUUGUCCAGUGCCCAAGCCGAGCUCGAUGGCGAGCAAGCGCGGACCGAGGGCGAGAACAAGAGCGGCGGGUCUCACGAAGGGAAAGACGAUGGGAAAGACGAUGAGGAAGAUGCCGGAACAGACGAGGGUAGCGAGGGAAAGACGGAUGAGCGGGAGGAGGAGGAAGAGGAGGAAGAGGAGGAGGAGGAGGUCGAGCUCGACCAAGGGAAUGAUCAAGCUGGGGAGAACGCGGAAGUCUCCCAGCUGGAUGAUGACGUGGCAAGCCAGAGUGAGUCAUAUAGGUGCUCAGCAAAAGCGUAUCACCUUGCCACUGACAUGCACAUCUUAUGACACGCAGAUGACACGGAAAGCGACGCACCGAUCACUCCAAACUUCGGCGCCGUCCCUGGAAUGAUCGGGCUCGGCAUCCACAAGGAGGGGGAGCAAGUGGAGAUGGGGGGAAGUAAUACGGGCGCAGCACCUCCAAACUGGCCCCCGGUGGAGGAAGAUUAUUCCAUUCCUCCUGGCUGGCUUCGCUGGACGAGGUACGUAGUCGCAGCCACUGACGUCAACGUCAAUUUCCUCUGA